UUUCUCUUACCCAGGACCAAUGAGCACAUUAUAGGAAAGAGCAGUAAUGAUGUAAGCAAGUGUUCCUUGACGGUUCCUGAUCUCCAAGAGAGAACCAGUACUACUACAUUCAAGCCAAGAAUUUUCCAAAGUUUUGUGUUACAUGUUAUAGAGUCCUGCUGCAGCACUGCAAACAACCAGUACCACCACAUUUAAGUCAAACAUCUACAAUAAUUUAGCAACUGCUCCAUGAGACUUGACAUAAAAGUGCUUUUCAUUAAUUGUUAUGAACCUACUGGUACUUACAAAUUGCUUCUAUUCAUUCUUGUUCACUAAAAUUUCUUGUACUUUAUCCCACUUAUUACAUGGUUGUGCUUAAACAAAAUGAAUUCUUUGAAUUGUUUUAAAAGUUUGUGUGAGUAAAAGUUUGAAUAAAAAUAAUGUUUGUAUUUAUUUGCCAAUACAUCUACUCUUCAGUAUCAAGUGUUUUUAUUAGUAAUUCCUCAAUGUAACAGAGUAAUUGAGGAUAGAGGGUGGCUAAUAAUGGUUAUUGUGAUGGAUAAACAAGAGAUUAUUUUACUGUGAUGCUAACAAUAACUGAUACCUGUAUAUUUAAUAAACUUGGACCAUUGUUUCUGAAUUGACUGACCCAGUGGAUUUUCUGCUUUUUUUUAAACUCCAUUGUAUGGAACUCUGUUAUGUCGAGGGUUUGCCAAUUCAUAUAAAAAAUAUUGCAUCAUAUUUAAGGAUAAUAACGGGACUUCAGCUAAAUAUAUUCAUUAAAAUUAUGGAAGUUCAAAUGGGUGAGGAAUUCUACCAGUGUUCAAUAUGUCAAAAAGAUUUUACAACGAAAUCAUCUCUGGUACAGCAUACGAGAAUUCAUACAGGUGAGAAACCAUAUCAGUGCUCACAGUGCCCAAAAGAAUUUUCACAGAGAGCAAGUUUAGUACGUCAUAUGCAAGUUCAUACAGGGGAGAAGCCAUUUAAAUGUUCAGUGUGUUUAAAAAACUUUUCUGAGAAAGCAAGUGUAGUUCAACACAUGAGGCUUCAUACAGGAGAGAAGCCAUAUAAAUGUUCAGUGUGUUUAAAGAACUUUGCCUAUCGAUCAAGUGUAUCUCAGCAUAUGAGAGUUCAUACAGGGGAGAAACCAUUUAAAUGUUUAGUUUGUCUUAAAGAUUUCACACAGAAUAAACAUCUUGUGCAGCAUAUGAGAACUCAUACAGGAGAAAGACCAUAUAAAUGUUCAGAUUGUCUAAAAGACUUUACAUAUAAAACUGCUCUAGUUCAGCAUAUUAGAAUUCACACAGGAGAGAAGCCUUAUCAAUGUUCAGAGUGUCAAAAAGAUUUUUCACAUAAAUCAGAUCUAGUAAAACAUAUGAGAAGUCACACAAAAGAGAAACUUUAUCAUUGUUCAUUGUGUCCAAAAGGCUUUUCGUAUAAAAAUUCUCUCACACAACAUAUGAAGGUUCAUACAGGAGAGAGACCAUAUUCAUGUUUAGUUUGUCUAAAAGAUUUUUCAAGAAAACAUCAUCUAGUAAAACAUAUGAAUCUUCAUUUAGGAGAAAAGCCAUAUUCAUGUUCAGUGUGUUUAAAAAGCUUUCCACAAAAGCAAAAUAUAAUACAACAUAUGAGAGUUCAUACUGGAGAAAAGCCAAAUCAGUGUGCAGUGUGUCUAAAAGAAUUCAAACAGAAUUCAUACUUGGUAAAGCAUUUAAAACUUCAUAAAAGAAAAAAAUUGUAGAUAUUCAGCAUUUAUGAUUUAGACUUCAGGAGAGAUAUACAGUGGACCCCCAGUUUACGAUCAGCUCCCAAUGCAACCAAUUAUGUAAGUGUAUUUAUGUAAGUGCGUUUGUAUGUGUAUGUUUGGGGAUCUGAAAUGGACUAAUCUAAUUCACAAUAUUCCUUAUGGGAACAAAUUUGUUCAGUAAUGGCACCUGAACAUAUUUCUGGAAUGAAAUAAUAUCGUAGACCGGGGGUCCACUGUAUUGUUAAUGAGCUAUAAAGGACCUAUAUUUCUCAUGUAAUUUGAGUGAACUCAUUGUCAGAUGUGAGUCCAUUACAGUAUGCUAAAUGACAUCAGUGUUGGUAUACAAAAAAAGAUCUGAACUAAAAACUUUCACUCCUACAUAGAUAAUUGGUUUAUGGGCUUCUAAGGGUCCACUUUAGCUAUACUUGUCCUUAUGAUUAAAAUGCUAUUCUUUGGAAAGGAAAUAAUAAUAAAAGAAAUAUGACAAUGUGCUCUGUGAAAGACUUCAUGUGAGCUUACAGCUACCCAAUGACCAACACUGGUUGCUCUCACUAGGAAAUUACAGUGGACCCCCGGUUUACGGUAUUAUUUCAUUCCAGAAGUAUGUUCAGGUGCCAGUACUGAACGAAUUUGUUCCCAUAAGGAAUAUUGUGAAUUAGAUUAGUCCAUUUCAGAUCCCCAAACAUACACAUACAAACGCACUUACAUAAAUACACUUACAUAAUUGGUCGCAUUGGGAGCUGAUCGUAAACCGAGGGUCCACUGUACUUCUAUUGCUGAUCUUAUCCUUCUAAUAAUUUUAAUCAACUUUUUUGUAGCUACUGUAAAUGAAUAAUAUAUUAGACACUCAAGGGGAAUUAAAACUCAACAGUUUUAUAUCAUAUUCUGUUGCUUGCCUAUAUACACAAUUCACUAGAAUUUUUUAAAUUCAUCAUCCUGCAUUUCAUCGUAGAAUAGAUGUUUAUGAUCCAGUUGCAUUAUUUAUUGCUGCUUGUAUUAUCUUAAACAUAUUAAAUAAAUUUUAUCCACUGAUAGCUGGUUCUUUACGUAC